AUGUCAGAGGAAGAUCAAUAUUAUCAAGGAGAGGAUUAUGGUGGAGGAGGAGAUGAUGAUUACGCACAACAACAAGGAUACGAUUAUCAGCAAGAAGAGCACGAAGAAGAUGGAAAUGAUCAAAGUGGAUAUGAACAACAAGGUUAUGAAUAUCAACAACAAAGUGAGUAUGGUGGUGGUUAUGAGUAUUCACAGGAUGAGGGUGACAAUGGUGGUGGUGAUGAUCAAGGAGAACAAGAAGAGUAUGAAGGAAAUGAUGAGGAUCAAAGAGAGGAAGAGAAAGAGGAAGAGGAAGAACAUGAAGAACCAGAUGGAAACCAUGAAGAGAGCUACGAGGAUGAUCCACAAGAUGAGCCACAAGAUGAGGAACCAAAUGAGGAAUACGAAGAUCAACAACAAGAUAACUAUGAUCAAAGAGAUGAAGAUCAAGAGCAUCAAGAGGACAUUCAAAUCGACGAUGUUGAGGUGCUCGAGUGGACUCCUGAUGAUAUCACUUCUCAAGAUGAUAUGCAAAGACUCGAAGAGUCCGGCUACACUCUUCGGUCCACCGAUAACGAAGACGGUGGAUUCAAUAUUGGAAGCGUUUUUAAGGGAGCUCUAGACGGUUUCGGCGGAGGCGGUGGAGGCGGUGACUUUGGCAGCAUUGUAAGCACGAUCUCUGGCAUGAUUUCGGGUGGAGGCGGUGGACCUUUAAGCAACACCUUCUCCUCAGGAGGCUUUUCCCAUAUUGCUGAGAGUCUGAUCGCCAAAGCUGCGCACAGAUUCCUGGGUGUCGAUGAGAGCACCGGGUCAAUCAUUGGUGCUAUCGCUGGGAAUCUCCUCUUCAAUAUGGGCGGAAAGGGGAACUCGCUGGGUGGCAUUGGAAAGAUCAUUCUCGAUAAUAUUAUUUCCGGGAAAUUUCAGAGAAAGAUUGAUCCCUGGGUCUCCCCUGUACCCGGCGCUCAAAACUUUCGACUAAAUUUCUACGAAGAAAGACAAAAAUGUCUUCAAACAGCCAGCCUCUUCGAGGAUCCGGAAUUCCCGGCAAAUGAGCGAUCUCUUUACUACAAAACCCCGCCCGAUCAGGAUGUAGUCUGGAAACGACCUGGAGAGAUCGUUUCCGAUCCCCAACUGAUCGUCGAGGGUCAUUCCCGAUUCGAUGUCAAACAGGGAGCCCUUGGUGAUUGCUGGUUGUUGGCUGCUGUGGCGAAUCUAACACUUCGAGACGAGCUAUUCUACCGAGUCGUACCACCAGAUCAAUCUUUCACCGAAAACUAUGCUGGGAUUUUUCAUUUCCAAUUCUGGCGCUACGGGAAAUGGGUGGAUGUGGUGAUCGAUGAUCGAUUGCCCACCGUCGACGGUCAACUCAUCUACAUGCAUUCGGCAGAGCACAAUGAGUUCUGGAGCGCACUUUUGGAAAAAGCCUAUGCCAAGAUGUACGGCUCAUAUGAAGCGCUGGAUGGCGGCAGCACCGUCGAGGCUUUAGAAGAUUUCACCGGUGGAUUGACUGAGUAUUUUGAUCUAGAGAAAACCCCCAAAGAGACGGUGCUAGCGAUGCUGGUCCGAGGCUUUCAAAUGGGUGGUUUAUUCGGUUGCUCGAUUGGGGCCGAUCCGAACAUAAAAGAAGCUGUUCGGAGCGACGGUUUAGUGAGAGGACACGCUUAUUCGAUCACCGCUUUGCAUACGGUGAAAACAAACCGCGACGACGUCGUUCUCCUUCGAAUCAGAAAUCCGUGGGGUAACAGCAAGGAAUGGAAUGGUGCCUGGUCGGAUAAUUCGUCAGAGUGGAGUCAAGUCGACUCAUCCGAGAGGCCACCUUUCGAGAAAGAUGGAGAAUUUUGGAUGUCUUUUGAAGAUUUCUAUAGCAAUUUCGAGGAGAUGGAGCUCUGCAAUUUGUCAGCCGCCGUCAUGGAUGAGAUUAGUGAGAUGACCGGAGUGGAUACAAGAGCUGUCGAUCAAAAGAUUUCUCAUUGGGAAGAGCAAGCCGGGGAUGGACGCUGGGAUGCGCGAGCGGGAAGUGCCGGUGGAUGUGCAAAUUAUCCAAACUCUUUCUAUCGUAACCCUCAAUACGGUGCCUCUUUCACGGUCACCGAGGACUCACUUGAGCACGACGGGAAAACGACCGUCAUUGCGGCAUUGCUGCAAAAAUAUAGAAGAGAGCUUCGCCCGCAGGGACUCGACGAUUUACCCAUUGGCUUUUCCGUGUAUCGGGAAGAAGAUCUCGGGAUCCCACUCGAUAUGCAUUACUUGAGAAAUCACAAGACAAUCGCCAGAACCCCAGUUUUUGUCAAUAGAAGAGAGGUUACGGUUCGUUUCCGCGUCGAUCCGGGCUCUUAUAUCCUCUUACCGUCCACCUUUGAGCCAAAUGAAGAAGCCGAUUUUUUGCUGAGAAUUUAUGCAAAUGGCGGAAUACAAUUCCAAUGCAUACAA